UAUUGAUCUUUGUUAAUUGUAGUCUCCAUUAAUUGAAGUAAUCAAGGCAUCUUACUUUAGAUGGCCUAAAACAUAUUAACAUACCUCUUGUUGUCCUUGAGUAAGUCAAGUCUGUUCCAUAUCAGCAGCUGAUAGUAUUGAUAGAACAGAAUUACAUUUUAUAAACCAAAAAAUAGUAAAUAACAAAUUAUUAGGAAGAAAGUGAGAAAAUUUGUCAAAAAUGGCAUGUACCUCUAGGAAGAAGAUUUUAAUUGGUUGUACUGGUAGUGUAGCCACAAUUAAAUUACCACAAUUAGUACAGAAAUUAUGUCAGAACAAUUUGGAAGUAAGAGUAGUGGUUACUGAAAAAGCUAAGCAUUUCUUAAAAGAGGCAGAAUUACCUACAAGAAUUCAAGUAUUGUCUGACACAGUAGAGUGGGCUGCCUGGCAAGAUAGAGGCGAUCCUGUGUUGCAUAUUGACUUAGUUAAGUGGGCUGAUUUAUUUUUAAUUGCUCCAUUAGAUGCUAACACCCUUGGCAAGAUAGCCAGUGGUAUAUGCGAUAAUAUAUUGACCUGUGUCGCACGUGCCUGGGAUCCUUCAAAACCUUUGAUCUUCUGUCCUGCUAUGAAUACAAAAAUGUGGGAACAUCCAGUUACUGCACCACAGGUAGCUCUGCUAAAAUCUUGGGGAUAUAAGGAAGUCACUUGCAUUUCUAAAACUCUUAUGUGUGGUGACAUUGGAAUAGGUGGAAUGGCAGAGGUAGAUACCAUUGUUCAUACUACGUUAAGAUUGAUUAACCCUUGGGACCCAUAUUCGCCACCGGAUUUACGAUUUUAGCAUCAGGAAACAAAACUAGAACGUUCAACGAAGUUUUAUCAUCAUAAUACAGAUAGAAUUUGAAAUAUCUUAUGAAAAAAGAAAAUUAAAAGUGAAAGAAAAUCGCGUGCUAUGGUGGAAUUCGUAUAAUUUACGCUAAUAGUGAAAUUCAAGUCCAAUGGCAAGUUCCAUCUUGCAAGAUUACGCUUUCCCGAAUGCACCGUAGCCGCGAUAUUUUGUUGCUCAAGUAAAAUGUCUGAAUCACCUGUGCUAAAAAAUAUGAACAAAGCAGAAUCUGCUUGUUCCCCUGU